AUGCGCUCCAGGUCCUUCGUGAAGCUCCAGCCACCACGGAAAGUGCUGAGUGGCCCUGGCUGUCCUUCCGGCCACAGCAGGGGCCUUGGCAGCCUCCUCCGGGACUGUGUGGGUCCGGAGCAGGGAAGAGGGAAGAGGAGAGCCCCGCCCCAACUCGGAUGGAUAGCGUCCCUUACGAAGUCCCCGGAAGCCUGCAGAGAUUGUUCCUGGCAUAUAGCGACACUGACCCUUCCCGCUUCCUUGGGCAACAAAGACCGUGCAUGGGACCGCGCUUUGGCACGGGCAGGCAUCGGGCUGCGGGGCGACCCGCACACCGUGGACUGCCGCGACCGCGGGCUGCCCAGCGUGCCCGACCCCUUCCCGCUGGACGUGCGCAAGCUGCUGGUGGCCGGCAACCGCAUCCAGCAGAUCCCUGAAGACUUCUUCAUCUUCUAUGGAGACCUGGUGUACCUGGACUUCAGGAACAACUCCCUGCGUUCGCUGGAGGAGGGCACGUUCAGCGGUUCGGCUAAGCUCGCCUUCCUAGAUCUCAGCUAUAACAACCUCACGCAGCUGAGCGCGGGCGCCUUUCGCUCCGCGGGAAGGCUGGUCAAGCUGAGCUUGGCCAACAACAAGCUGGCGGGCGUGCACGAGGCCGCCUUCGAGACUCUGGAGUCGCUGCAGGUGCUGGAGCUCAACGACAACAAGCUGCGCAGCCUAAACGUGGCUGUCCUGGACGCGCUACCCUCCCUGCGCACUCUGCGCCUGGACGGGAAUCCCUGGCUGUGCGACUGUGACUUUGCCCACCUCUUCUCCUGGAUCCAGGAGAACACGUCCAAACUGCCCAAAGGCCUGGACCAGAUCCAGUGCUCUCUGCCCACUGAGAGCCGGAGGGUGGCCCUGCAUGAGCUGUCUGAGGCCAGCUUCAGUGAGUGCAAGUUCAGCCUAUCGCUCACGGACCUGUUUAUCAUCAUCUUCUCAGGCGUUGCUGUCUCCAUCGCCGCAAUCAUCUCCAGCUUCUUCCUGGCCACCGUGGUGCAGUGCUUCCAGAGGUGUGCCCCCAACAAAGACACCGAGGAUGAGGAUGAGGAUGAGGAUGACUGAGUCCCUCUUCUGUUUGUUCCUCAUUGUCCUGUCCCUACCAGUGUUGCCUCUGUUAGAGGGGGAAAUACAGAGAAGUAUCAGCCAAUGCUAGUGAGUGGACAGAGCCUGCUCUGUGUCUGGGACCCCAGUGCCCACUGGGGCCUGGACCUCAGAGUUCAGAAUCAGCAUCUUGCAGAAGCCCAGGAAGGAGGGAGGCAUGGUUCCCUAGCAGAGUCCACUCAGGCCAGAGAUGUGUGUUGGGAAAAAAGUGGCCAGGUCACCUCCAUGGCUGCCUGCUGGAACUCUCCCAUGGAGACGUGGAUUUGUGGCCUCCAACUAUAAGGAUGCUUGUGCUGGUCUUUGACCUGCACUAGAAGACCAUGAGCCAUCUCCUUCCUCCUGAGUGACAGCAGCUUAUCAGCAGAGAUUCAGGGUCAAGUUCAGACCAUUCUCUGGGGGGCAGGAAGUCUCCUCUUUAUAUCGUAGGCUCAGCAACCUUGAAAUUUUAUACAAGAACAAAUAAAUUUCUGCGCAGUAGACAAUGUUUGUGCCCCCCACCCCCUGUGGGGUGGUAUUUUGAGGUGAGGCCUCUGGGAUGUGAUUACAGCACCCUCUGGAAUGGGGUGGAGAAUCUUUGGAUUCUGUAGAACCAGGGGUAGACACAGCAGGAAGCUGGCCAUCUCUGAACCAGGAAGGGGCCUCUCCAGAUCCCAGCUAUGUUAAGCCCGGCCCAUCCACUCCCAGCCUCCAGAACUGU